AUGGGUUCGCCGAUUUCGGGAUUCAUCGCCGAGGCAGUCCUAGAACGGUUGGAGUCACUGGUUUUCCAACUCCACAGACCGAAGAUCUGGGUCCGUUAUGCGGAUGAUACCUUCGUCGUUAUCGACCGGGGUCAACUGCUGACAUUCGAGGAAGAUCUAAAUGCGGCCUUCCCGGACAUACAAUUUACGACGGAGGAGGAGGUGGACAACCAGCUGGGCUUCCUGGAUGUCCCCGUAUAG